GCCUCUCUCACUUUCUGCUGCUCUGCUGAUUUUUCUGUGGAAACGUUUUGCUUUGCCCGGAGGAACCUGAGCCUCGCCGAGGAUGGGCUCCGGCAGCAGGACGGGCUCUGCUCCUGAUGAGGGUCACCUCCUGACCUGAGGACCAGCAGUUAGGCAGCGGCGCCCCCUCCUGGACGCCUGUGAGACCGCAGGCCAUGGCCGACCCCGUGUACUCUGACCUGAUAGCCAAACACUACAAUUACACCGGCAAGUUCCGAAAGACGGAGCAGGACUCGGGCCUGAAGGCCGACUCGGUGGUCUUCAUCAUCGUGUGCUGCUUCAUCAUCCUGGAGAACGUGCUGGUGCUGCUCACCAUCUGGAGGACCAAGAAGUUCCACAAGCCCAUGUACUACUUCAUCGGGAACCUGGCUCUGUCCGACCUGCUGGCCGGGGUGGUGUACACCGCCAACAUCCUGCUGUCGGGCGCCAACACCUACAAGCUGACGCCCACGCAGUGGUUCUUCAGGGAGGGCAGCAUGUUCGUGGCCCUGGCCGCCUCCGUCUUCAGCCUGCUGGCCAUCGCCAUCGAGCGCCACCUCACCAUGCUGAAGAUGAAGCUGCACAACAACGGGAACACGUGCCGCGUCUUCCUCCUCAUCAGCACCGUGUGGAUGAUCGCCGCCGUGCUGGGCGGCCUGCCCGUCAUGGGCUGGAACUGCAUCGACAGCAUGAAGAAGUGCUCCACCGUGCUGCCGCUCUACCACAAGACCUACAUCCUGUUCUGCACCACGGUCUUCAGCAUCAUCCUCAUGGCCAUCGUGGUGCUGUACGCCCGCAUCUACGCCCUGGUGCGCGCCCGCAGCAAGAAGCUGGUGUUCCGCAAGGUGUCCAACGGCCGGGGCAACGCGGGGGCCAACAGCAAGAGCUCGGAGAAGUCCAUGGCCCUGCUGAAGACCGUCAUCAUCGUGCUGAGCUGCUUCAUCGCCUGCUGGGCGCCGCUCUUCAUCCUGCUGCUGCUGGACGUGGCCUGCGAGACCCGCAUGUGUCCCAUCCUCUUCAAGGCCGAGUGGUUCCUGGCGCUCGCCGUGCUCAACUCGGCCAUGAACCCCCUGAUCUACACGCUGACCAGCAACGAGAUGCGGCGGGCCUUCAUCAAGACGCUGCUGUGCUGCACCGCCUGCGUCCGGCCCGCCGGCAAGUUCUCCGGGCCCAUCAUGGGGGCGGAGUUCAGCCGCAGCAAGUCGGACAACUCCUCCCACCCCAACAAGGAGGAGCCGGAGUGCUCGCCCCGGGAGACGGUGGCGUCGUCCGGGAACGUGGCCUCGUCGUCCUGAGCGGCGGGCGGCCGUGCGCCGCGCAGAGCGGACGUGCAGCUGUGUGUACAGCCUGUGUACAUGUGAGUGUGUGUAUAUAUGGACUGAACUGUGUUUAGGGCGUCCGGGGGCCCCUGGGGGCCUCCUGAUCCCGUCCCGGCUGGAGGACUGUCACUGCUCCUGCAGGAGGCGGGGAAGAGACGCGGUAGAAGAAGAAAAAGCACUUCCGGCAUCAGAGUGGACUGUGGGCUGUCCCGGGCCGGCGACAGGUCCCGGAUCUGUUGUAGACGUACUGACCCUCUUAAACGUCCUGAUGGAGGAACAACUAGAACUGUAGCGCUUAUUGUUCUGAAAUAUUUAAAAUGUUCCCUUCGUUCACCCGUUUGAAACCUGAGCAGUUUCACUGGAUUUCUGUCAAAAACUACGACCCAGAAAUUACCAAGAAAUUAGUAAAACUUGACCAGAAAAUUAUUAUUAUUAAAAGUUAUCAGAAAAAUUAACCCAAAAUAUCAGAGAAGUAGGCUAGUAAAAAAAAAAUAAUCACUGGUCAUGGUCUGUUUAUAAUGAUUGUAAGUGUAAGCUUCAAAUUAAACGAUUUGACAAAUACCACAAAAUUUCCCCCCAAAAUAAGCAAACAGAUGUAAAGUGCGCCCCGUGCAGAGGGCGGAAUACGAGCUGCUGGGUUUCAAAGGGUUAACGGCAGGUUAACCGGACAGCUUAGAGAAACGCGUCCCGCUCCGUGCAGAAUGUAUUUUCUACUGUGUGUGUGUUCUGUGUUCAGACGGCAGUAGUGAGCCGUGUAGUUUCUCAUUAAUUUAUAUGAAACAGGACAAAACCUGAUGUGCUGUUGUUUUCCUGACUGAUGACAGAGGAGUCUGCUGCAGCUGCACACCCUCCGCACCCCCGGCCCGGCCCGAGCCGCUCGGUGUCCGGCUGGACCCCCCGUCCCGCCCCGUCCCGUCCCGCCCCGUCCCGUCCCGUCCCGUCCCGCUGCACACUGUAACUGUCUGAGUGUCUGUUAGCGCUUAAUAAACCCAACCUGCUAGA